AUGCCUAAAAAGAAGACUGGACAAAGGAAAAAGGCAGAAAAAGCCAAAGUAAGACAAAAAUUACUUCGACAACAAAGAUUAGAAAUUGAUCUCAUCAAUCAUCCUUCUAAUAUAAUAAUGGCUGUGCAAAGACUUCCAGUGUGUUGUCAUUGCGGUAAACAAAAGUGUUCUGCUCGUUCGGGAGAUUGUCUUGUUAAACAUGGUUCCACCCACGUAACUGGACUUGCUAUGGUGGGAGCGAUUUGCGAUUUCUGUGAUGCGUGGAUUUGUCAUGGGGAAAAGUGUUUAUCAGUACAUGCUUGCGAAUGUCCUUUGAAAGAUUCUACUUGCAUUGAAUGUCAACGUGGAUUAGAUAGUCAUGGCGGUCGAGUCUUUUCUUGUGCUUAUUGUAAUCAUAAACUUUGUGAAGAUGAUCAAUUUGAGCAUCAGGCAAGCUGUCAAUGUUUGGAAGGAGAAAACUUCAAAUGUCCAUCAUGCAAUAAAAUGGGAACACAAACGUGUCUUCGCUGUAAAGUGUCCUUUUGUGAUGAUCACUGUAAAAGGAAGGGCGUUAAAUAUGAGCGUGGGAAACCUAUUCCUUGUCCGAAAUGCAAUCAUGAUCUAACAGCCAGUUACAACUUAAGCAUGUCGGUUCGUACUUACGAAUACGGUCGUCAAGCGUAUACAACAGAUAACUAUUCAGACGAAGAUACAACUAGUGAAGAUGACGAAGAACAGUACUCUGGAAAUUCAGAAGACAACGAACAUGUUAAUGUCGCUGAUGAUAAUAGUGAUAAUGAUUAUAAUUUGUCAGAAAAAUUAAUUAUUAAAAAUUAA